CGUUUAUGGCGCCAGAAAUCAAGGGCUUAGAGAGGAGCGAGUGUGUGUCAGCUGGGGAAGACGGCGCGUUAUUUGUGUUAUGUCGGCGGUAGCGUAAACGCAAGUAAUACUGAAAGGAGUUUUCCAUCAAUUGUGUUUGUAAUAAAGUCAAGAUGGUGGUCCUACGCAGCAGCGGCGGAGUUGGAGCUGAACCGGCGGCAGCGACUCCGAAGAGGAGGACGGUGGAGAGGGAAACGAGCCCCGACUUUUUGUCGCUGAUUCCCGCGUCGCAGAGGAAGUCCGCCCGGCAGACCCGGAUCUCUCGGUCCCUGUCUGACAGCUUCAGCAGCCAUGAGAACAGCUCGAUGAAUGGUCAUGCAGAUAUGAAGCAGCACGAUGGAGGUGGUCAAAGUCACUCCCUCAGGAGCAGAGGACAAAGAGUUAAAGUGGAAGUUUCUUUUGCUGACAUGGAUCCCAAGACCAGCUCUCCUUUGGAUGAGGACAAAGCUGAAGGCUGCUGCACCAGGAAGUCUUCCAGGCUGCAGAGAGAAGCAAAAUGCUCUGGUGAAAAUCAACAAGAAGACGUUCCAGAUGAUGCGGAGGGAUCAUCCACUCCCAAGAGGAGUCGUUUUAACCUACAGAGCCGGGGAGUGGAGGAUGACGAAGAAGAGGAGGAGGAAGAGGAUCACUCGGUGCGAAGAAGCUCCAGAAUCACAAGAUAUAAACUGAACUCCCGGAAACAGUCAGCACUCUAUGAUCGCCUCAUCACCAAUACUGCUGAAGCAGUUCUCCAAAAGAUGGAUGACAUGCAGAAAAUGAGGCGCCAGCUAAGAAGCAGAGACAGAGAAAAUAAAGAGGAGCUUGGUGUCUACAGCUCAGGCAGUAUGAGAAGGUCUCUGAGGACAAGUACCAAGAGUAAUAAGACUGAGGAGAAGAACCAAGCAGCAGAUGAAGAUGAUAAUGGUGAAGAUGGAGAUGAAGAAGAUGAGGAAGAUGGUGAAGAUGAAGAAGAAGAAGAAAACCACCAACGAUACGACCUCCGGCAGAGAAAGACUGUAGUUCGCUACCAGGCCCCAUUAGAUGAACCCCGGGAGCCCAGGAAACGCAGCAUGUACUUUAAGGAGCACUCAUCUCCUACAAGACGCAGGUUCAGGUUAAGCUCCUCAGCCCCCAUGAGCCCUUAUAACCAAAGGAGAACCAGCAGGAGUAGUUCUGACAGGAGAAGGCACGCCAUCCACAGCAGCGACUCCACAUCUUCUUCCUCGGAUGAUGAGAAGUUCCAGAGACGCAGGAGUAAGAACAGAAGCAGGUCGGUCAACAGAUGUCUGCCAAUGAAUCUUGUGAAAGACGACCUGCUGGGGAUCCACAAAGACAGGAUGAAGAUUGGAGCCAGCCUGGCUGAUGUGGACCCCAUGCACAUAGACAAAACGGUUUGCUUUGACAGCAUUGGAGGUCUGAGCAGACACAUUUCAGCCCUGAAGGAAAUGGUGGUGUUCCCUCUGCUCUACCCAGAGGUGUUUGAGAGGUUCAGAAUACAGCCACCGAGGGGUUGUCUGUUUUACGGCCCUCCAGGCACCGGGAAAACCCUGGUAGCCAGAGCCCUGGCCAAUGAGUGCAGUCAGGGGGAAAGAAAGGUGGCCUUCUUCAUGAGGAAAGGAGCCGACUGCCUGAGUAAGUGGGUGGGAGAAUCAGAAAGACAAUUACGGCUGCUGUUUGAUCAGGCCUAUCAAAUGCGCCCGUCUAUAAUUUUCUUUGAUGAGAUCGAUGGUUUGGCUCCAGUCAGAUCCAGCCGCCAGGACCAGAUCCACAGUUCAAUUGUGUCAACCCUCCUGGCUCUUAUGGACGGGUUGGACAGCAGAGGAGAGGUUGUCGUUAUCGGCGCUACUAACAGACUGGACUCCAUCGACCCAGCUCUGAGGAGACCCGGACGCUUUGACAGAGAGUUCCUGUUUGGCCUGCCAGACAGAGAGGCAAGGAAGGAGAUUGUGAAGAUCCACACUAGACAGUGGACACCUCCACCUUCUAAAGCUUUCCUGGAGGAACUUGCAGAAAAAUGUGUCGGGUACUGUGGAGCAGAUAUCAAGGCGGUGUGCUCAGAGGCAGCAUUAUGUGCACUGCGGCGCCGCUACCCACAGAUCUACUCUUCGUCCCAGAAACUGGUUCUGGAUGUGAACUCGAUCGUGAUCUCUAGCAAAGACUUCAAGUGCGCCAUGUCCAAGAUGGUACCAGCAGCCCAAAGGGCAGUCAUGUCACCAGCCAAGGCCUUGAUACCUGCCAUUCGUCCUCUGCUGGACGCCACCCUGCAGACCAUUCUCCACGCAGUGAGACGAGUGUUCCCACACGCCGAGCAGGGACUGAAGAGGAAGAGAGAUCAAGCUGUGGCCUGUGGGACGUCGGAUGAAGAUCUGAUGUUUAGUGAGGAAGAAGACUGUGAGGUCUCCUCCAGUGGACUGACCUCUCAGUCUCAGUUACAAAUCCCUGCUGCCAGUGGUCUUCUGAACCUCAAUGGGAGUGUGUUGAGUCAGCCGACGUCCUACCGUCCCAGGCUGCUGCUGGAGGGCAGACCGGGCUCGGGUCAGAGCUCGCAUUUGGCCCCCGCAGUUCUUCAUGCUCUGGAAAAAUUCCCAGUGUACACCCUGGACAUGGCCGUCCUGUUUGGAGCCAGUGCAACAGCACCUGAAGAAACGUGUGCAAAGAUGUUUGUCGAGGCCAAGCGAACCUCUCCCAGUAUCCUGUACAUCCCACACAUCGGACAGUGGUGGGAAACGGUGGGUUCUGCAUUAAGAGCCACCUUCCUGAGCCUCCUUAGCUCAAUCCCUGCCUUCUCUCCUAUAGUGCUGUUGGCUACCUGCAGCCUCCGUUAUGACCAGCUCAGUAUGGAGGUGCAGGAGUUGUUUCGGGUUGAGUAUGGUGAAGUUUUUCAUGUACCACUCCCCACCAGCCAAGAGAGAAGGGACUUCUUUGAGGAUCUAAUCAUCAACCAGGCGGCAAAGGCCCCGGCCUCUAAAAGAAAAGCUGUGCUCCGUGCGUUGGAGGUGCUUCCAGUCGCCCCUCCACCUCAGCCUCGUCAGCUAACAGAGGAGGAGAGUCGGCGACUAGAUGAGCAGGAAGAAGACACCUUCAGGGAGCUGCGGCUGUUUUUGCGCGAUGUCACAAACCGCCUCUCUCAAGAUAAACGUUUCAAGGCUUUUACUAAACCUGUGGAUUUAGAGGAGGUUCCAGAUUAUGCUGACGUAAUCAAGAAGCCCAUGGACCUAUCAACUGUCCUCUCGAGGAUCGACCUCCAUCAAUACGGCACGGUCAAAGAGUUCCUCCAGGAUGUAGACCUCAUCUGGCAGAAUGCCCUCGAAUACAACCCAGACAGAGACCCUUCCGAUCGUCAGAUCCGUCACAGAGCAUGUGCACUGAAGGACACUGUCCACGCCAUUAUCCGAGAAGAACUUGAUGAAGAUUUUGAGAAGAUUUGUGAGGAGAUCAAAGAGUCACGCAAAACGAGAGGUUGCUCCACAGCACGAUUUGCUCCCUCCUUCUACCACGUCCUUCCCAAAGCGCCCAGAUCUGCUGCAGAUUCAAGUAUCAACGAUGUUAUCACACAAAGUGAGGCGGUAGAAUCCACUGUUGCAGCUACUACCAAUACAAUGCUCUCUGCUGGUACAACUCCCAAAAACACAGCGCAUAAGAAGAAGCGUCGGAGAAGUCGCUGGUCUACUGGACACAUUGCAAAGAGGAAGCCAUCCUUAUCCCCUCAUGUGUCAAGAGAUGAUGCACAGUAUGCUUCUGACGAGGAUGAAGAGGAUGGAGAUGAUGAAGAUGAGGUUGGGAAAGAAGCAGCAGAUCACGAAGGUAGUUCUGAGUUGAGUGCAAGUCAGGUGGAGGAGACAGAGAAGAAAUCAGCUGCUGAAGAAGAGACCAUCCUGCAUGAUGAAGAGAAACUAGAAGGUGACAUCCAGGCAGAAGCUGAAGAGGACAAAGCUGUCCAGCAUCAGUCAGAGCAGUUUGAAAACAACAUAAGAAAAGAUGAGAACAAUGAAAGCAUCUCUGACAACACUGAAAAGGACAGCUGCGCAGAGGAAGAGGGGGACACCCAGCACGCCAUCGCAGAAAACAUGAUUACUGAAAAUCAGUCCGAGACGCUGAUAGAAAGGAGUCAUUCGGCUGAAGAUCAGAACUUCAAAGUAGGUAGAGUAGAUGAAGCGGAGCUGAAUACACCCGCUGAGCCAAUGGUGGUGGAUGUGACAGAAACAUCCACCACAGAUGCAACAGCAGCUGCCAGGAGUGAGACGGACACAAACACAGAGCGAAACGUGAGACGAAUGACCCGUGCCCUGAAAAACACUGUGCUGCAGCAGCACAGGAUCCCGGUGGACAAAGCUCUUCAGAUCCUCAAUGAGGAAAGUCCUCCUCUGGUUGUGGACCGAGACAAAUUAAAGGAGCUGCUGGAUAAGGUGGUGACAAAGACUGAAGGCUAUGAGGUCUACAAGCUGGAAAAACUCUAUGCUGUACUCUGCCAGAGCAUCUACAGUCACAGACUAAACUACAACAAGACAUUAUUAAUUCAGGAGUUGGAGCAAAGGAUCCAGGACUUCUGACUUUUCAGACUUCAUUUUUAAAAACAAAAAAGAUUUUAUAAUCUGUCAUCCUGUCAUAGGUGUAAAUAUACAUUUGGUAUUUGGCCUAUUUUUUUGUAGAAAACAAUCGUUAUCUAUAUUUGUGAUUUAGCUGAAACUUUGUAUUACAUCUUGUUUAUAUAUAAUUAAAGGUUUUUCCUUC